AUGGCUUCAUAUCUUCGAAGGUUAUUUACUCCAACCUCUGUUGGUAUUAUUAAAAGAGCAGUACUGAGACCAUCUCUUGUAGUGGCACCUUUAUCCAAAUACCAGAGCACUGAAACCAGACCCACUGCAAGGCCACAGAAUCCAUUACUACGAUCAACCUUGCAUGAUUUUGGUGAAUAUGUUGGGAAUUGCCUUCCAAAAUAUGUGCAAAAAGUGCAACUUACAUAUAAUAAUGAGCUUGAGGUACUCAUCCACCCUGAAGGUAUUAUUCCCGUAAUGACUUUCUUGAAAGACCAUCACAAUGCACAGUACCUGAACAUUGUGGAUAUUGCUGGGGUAGAUGUACCAAACAGGCCAUAUCGCUUUGAGAUUGUCUACCUAUUGUUGUCUUUAAGAUACAAUUCUCGUAUCCGUGUAAAGACCUACACUGAUGAACUCACACCACUUGAUUCCAUCUGCUCAGUAUUUGCUGGUGCUAAUUGGUAUGAACGAGAGAUAUGGGACAUGUUUGGUGUUUUCUUCUCUAACCAUCCUGACCUUCGUCGCAUCCUUACUGACUAUGGAUUUGAUGGUCAUCCUUUUAGGAAGGACUUCCCACUCAGUGGUUACACAGAGGUGCGUUAUGAUGAUGAGGCCCAGCGUGUAGUUAUAGAACCAUUGGAGUUAAGCCAGGAGUUUCGUCUUUUCCUUCUUUCUUUCAUUUUGUAUAAGUGUCUCUAUUUGAGAUCUUUUCUCUCUUUCUUCUUCAUUUCGUCUGGUCUUGAAUUUCCCUUGAGGUCUUUCCUUUCUUUUCCUUUUCAUAUAAGCAUCUCCUUUGAGGUCUUUUCUCUCUUUCUUUUUCCUUUUGUCAUGUCUUGA